GCGUGGCCUUCUCCGUCGAAAUGGCCAUCAAGCUGUCCGCGCGGGGCUGGUCCUUCUUCCACAAGAAGUUCUCGAUUCUCGACCUGGGCGCCGUGGCCUGCAGCAUCGCCUCCGACUUGCUGGUGCUGCUCCGCUACGAAUUGGGCGUUCGCACGCGCUUUCUCAGGCUGUUCCGGCUGGUGUACGUGGCUCGCACGUGGGACACGCUCUUCUACAUGCUCAACAUGAUGCUUUCGCUGCUGAAGCCGCUGCUCAACCUGCUCCUCGUCAUCAUGCUCGUGGUCGUGGCGUUCGCCGUCGCCGCCGAAGACAUCUUCGACGCUGGAGACCGUGAGCCGGAGUCGCGGUGGAACAGCAGUGACUUUCUGCACAGCGUGCUGCUCAUGGUGCGCCUUUUCUGCGGCGAUAUGUUCGAUCCGCUGGUCAACUGCUUCCACGAGGGCCACGGCAGGCUCCGAUGCGUCGCCUUUUACAGCAGCGUCUUCUUCGUCGGCAACUACGUGCUGCUCAACGUCUUUCUCGCCUUCCUGCUCAGCAGCUUCAACGUCGACAGGAUCGUCGAGAGGAACUCACCCGGAGAAAUCCUCUUCGAGAAGAUCGUGUGCAAAUGCAAGUCCUGGUGCAAGAACAGCUGGAAGCGCUUGUGGGUGCGUUCACCUUACUGACACUUGAGUGAUGACCGUGGAGCAAGG